AUUGAGAGAUAUUAUUGCACCAUAUAACACCAGCCACAAUUGUAUGCUUUUAAGAUUGUCUUAAAAUAAUAAAAUAACUCAAAAAAAGCAAAAUUACUGAAAAUAAAUUUUCCACUCACUCCUGCAUUAAUCACUUUUCUUUUUUUGUUUGUUUCUUACCUUAUUUCAUAACUUUACUUUCAAGCGUAAAUAGGGAUAAUAUUUUCUGUACAAUCCAUUGAUCCUAUUGAGAGCUUGUACAGCUUUUACAAUUAAAGAGAGUGAGAGACUAUCAUGGUCACAGAUUUUGUAAGCUCACUGUGAUCAAUGUUUUUCCACAGUGGGAGGAAGCCAUGUAUUUGGAAAAGCUGUGGCAUCUAAACAUUUAACUCUAAUAUUUAGUUAGGAGUUGUUCCAUGAAUCAGCAGUGCUAACCACCAUGUGACUCUUAAACUUCACUCUUAAAAUACUCAAGACAUGAUGGUCUGUGGAAAUAUAGCUGUAUCAGCAUUAGAUUGAGUGCAGAAUUUGCACCGGGUUACAACAUCCACAUGGAUUCUCAAUAAAUGGCUUUAAAGACCCAUCAACUGUGUUUUGCACUGGGCCAGAAAAAACAUUCAACUAAAACUUGAUGAUGUCCCACUGUACCUGUAAAACAUUUCACCUCUUCACAUCCCUCCAACGUUUGAAUAACAAAGUUUUAUAAGCCACAGCUUUUCUAAUAAAAGGCCAAGUGCCAUUUGUCUUACUCCAUUUAUAAUUUGGAUCAAUAUUCUGAAAUCUUUUCCAGGGCCUAUAUUUUAAUUUUGACAUCUGCAACAUAUUGCUUGUUAAAUUAAUAAGAAUCCAGUAAGGGGGUAUUAUUAAAAUAAUGUGAGCUACAUAUUGCCUAAUAAGUCAAGUUGAUCGAUAAAAUUUUAAGAAAGGUUCACCUUUUGGAGCUACUGUUUAAACAUGUCAGUAAAUUAGUAUGCAUACACUCUUCUAAAUGAAGACGUGACCACAGGGUGCAGAGUUACAUGCUUCUUAAAACCAUGUUACAGCCUGUUUUGUAGGCCAAAAUGCUCGAUUUUGGUCUCAUUGGAUCAAUGUCAUUUAUUUGCCUCAGUAGUUUGUGGUGAAUGGUGAAUCUUCAACGAUCUUUUGGCUUUAAUCAGCUACUCUUUCUACAUGUCACUGAAUUAGUAUGCAUAAUGUAAGGCGGACUCCUCGAAAUCAAGAUCUCAGUUGGGAUCAGGGUGCACAGUUACAUUGUCCUUGGGUUUCAUGAAAGUGGAAACCCUGUGUGGUCAGCUGUUAUUGUUGUAGAGCCUUCUGCCGUGGCGGGUCCAAUAAUCACUUGCAGAUAAUAAACAGAUGAGCAACGAGGCUUUUGCAGCAGCUGUCAUGCAGUGUUGGUUGUGUAAGCUGCGUACCCAUCAGUGGUGUUUCCUCCUGUUCAACAUCUUGCUGUUCCAUGCAUUGCUGUUCGGGGCAGAUUUUGUUGAGGAGUACCUCCUGCAGCCGUCCCCCGUGGUUUACACUGACGGCAUGGUUGCAGAUGUGAGGGAGAGAGCAAGAAAACUGGACUUGAGCACCACAAGACAGAAUGUAUCCAGGGAUUAUAUAAUUUCUAAUCCCGAUGCCUGCAGAAAACCCGAUCUCUUCCUCUUCGCUCUGGUCUUCAGCUCUCCAGCCAACAUCACCCAAAGAAAUGCAGUGAGGAGAACGUGGGCAAACCAAACACAAAUUCAAGAAUUUCCCAUUAAGGUACUCUUCUUCACAGCAUCGACUGAAUCUUCUACCACCCAACAGGAUCUCAUCAAAGAGUCUGAACUUCAUGGUGAUUUGAUCCAAAGCCGUGUCGUAGAUGUGUCGUCCCUCUAUGGAGCAAAGAAGAACACACUGCUGGCUCUUCGUUGGGUAAUCACUUUCUGUCCUCGCGCACAUUUGGUUCUGUUGACUGAGGACUCUGUGUUCAUAAAUCUACCUGCCAUUGGAAGCUACCUGCGGGGGCUUCACAGGAAUUCAGAAGACCUGUAUCUAGGCAGAGUGAUCCAGAAAGAGUCCCCUGACAGGAACCCCAAGAGCCCACGCUACCUUUCCCGCAUUCUCUAUCCUGACAAGUAUCUACCAGAGUACUGUGAAGGAACUGCUUACAUUUUGUCGCAGGAUGUGGCCCGUAAAGUCUACGUUGCAUCGUCGUCGGUCCUUACCCCCAUCCCGGUUGACGUUUUUGUAGGUUUCUGUGCUCAGAAAGCGGGCGUCACACCAACUCACAGUGCCAGGUUCUCAGGAGAGAGACACAUCCACUACAAUGCCUGCUGCUACCGACAUCUGUUCAGCUCGGCAGGAAUGGGGAGCCAGGAGCUAGAACGAGUGUGGCAAGACCUUCAACAGAAAGGUGGAAAAUGUUCCCUGCUUAAGACGUACUCUGGCCUUGUGGCCUGCAAGGUCCGCACAUAUUUGGAUAAAAUGUUAUUUCAAAACUCAAAAGAGCAGACUUGACUGUAUAAAUUAAAAUGGCAUAACACUAUGUUUAGAGUAUUUCUGUUAGUUUGCUUUUGUGCACUCUAAGGUGUUACAACAAAAAUCUAAAUAAGCUGAAGUGUAAGACUUGACAUCUGAAAAUAUUUGCCUCUGCGUAUUCAAUGGAUGGAUAAGGUGGAAACAGAUUAUUUUAAAAUCUUUUUUUCUUGAUUGCUUUGUGUUUUGUGAGAACCUAGUUUGGCCCAGUGAAUUUCAUACUUUUUCUGUUUUUCACCUACUACUAAUUGUUAGGUUGAUUUAGCUGAAACCUCCACUAAACAAAUGUUAAAUUUUAA